UUCUUCUAUCUUUAUCAGUUCUUCUUCUAUGCAUAUCAGUAUCGGUUUGGUGGGCAGUAUGGUGGAAUGGCUCUGAUAACUUCAACAGCCUUCAUAGUCCAUUCCAUGAUAUUUUUCUUCCAUCACUAUGAAAUGCCACUGAUCCUGUAUCAGGAUCGUUUGCAGCGUAUUCUCACGGAAAUCAAUACAGCACCGCCAGCUGGUCCGUUGGACGUUCAACAAGUUACCGUUUCAAUCCACACACGUCCUGUUGUACAGGAAGCUAACCUUCAUGAGGAACAGCCUCAUUCCGAAUCAGGAGAACAUAUUUCUUCCCAAAUACAAGAGGUUUUAUAUUUGAACAUAGUCAACCACUUGUUACCUUACUUUUACAUUGCCAGAGCUCUACGUUAA